AGUGGGAAGCCUGAGCUGGAAGGAGCAUCACAGUGUUAGCAUCAGCUGCUGACGCCCGCUCGGGACACAGGAGCCCGGACUCCUCCGCCCUCAGCGCCCUCUCCCUCCUCCCCAUCGCCACUCCGCACCUCCUGCAGGCAGCUUCGCAGCAUCACCACCUUGGAGAGUGGCAGUGCUGGGCAGGCAUCAUCCCGUGCGUCCCCCCCUCCACCUCCAGGGCGCCCCGCGCGCUGCACCCUCUGGGCUCUGACUGCAGCCCAUUGAGGUGUUUAGAAAGGGAGCCUAGGCGGCAGCUCUGGCACUUUGAGUGGGUGUGGGGCUAGGAGGAGGAGGGAGGGAGGGAGGGAGGGGGGUGAAACUUUGGAGCCCAGAUGACUGUGGGUUCCUCAGUGCUGCGUGGAGGCUGCUGCUACUCCUGCUCCUGGCACCUGGCGCAUUUCCCCCGCAGGCACAGCCCGAGGAGCGCUGUUUGCACAGAGGGAGUGAAGGACGCUGGCAGCAGCAGACAAGAGCCCCUGAGUCCUUCGCAGGUUUGCCUGUCCUUCCCCGCGAUCUGAUUGGAUAAAGUGGGGACUCGACGGUGGCCGACGUGGGACAGUCUGGCUGUGGCAGGGGUCUUGGAAACCAUGGGUUAUUGCAGUGGCAGGUGCACGCUUAUCUUUAUCUGUGGCAUGCAACUGGUUUGCGUGCUGGAGAGGCAAAUAUUUGAUUUCCUUGGAUACCAGUGGGCACCGAUCCUGGCAAAUUUUAUCCAUAUUAUCAUCGUCAUUCUGGGUUUAUUUGGAACUAUUCAAUAUAGACCUCGCUACAUAACAGGAUAUGCUGUCUGGCUAGUCCUCUGGGUUACAUGGAACGUUUUUGUUAUCUGCUUCUACUUGGAGGCUGGAGAUCUCUCCAAGGAAACAGAUCUGAUUCUGACUUUUAAUAUCUCAAUGCACCGUUCUUGGUGGAUGGAGAAUGGCCCAGGAUGUACGGUGACAUCGGUGACACCAGCCCCCGACUGGGCCCCAGAGGACCAUCGCUAUAUCACCGUCUCAGGGUGUUUGCUCGAGUACCAGUACAUAGAAGUGGCACACAGUUCUCUCCAGAUCAUCCUUGCACUGGCAGGGUUCAUCUACGCCUGUUAUGUUGUGAAAUGUAUUACUGAAGAAGAGGACAGCUUUGAUUUCAUAGGUGGAUUCGACUCUUAUGGCUAUCAAGGUCCACAGAAGACAUCUCAUUUACAACUACAGCCCAUGUACAUGUCCAAGUAAGCAACGUGACUUCAGUGUGUCAGCUCAAGGACCUUUCAAAGAACUCGUUUCACAAUGGCCUCCUGUGUUUUACAAAGAGCAAGAAGCAACCUGUGUUUAAAAAAUAAUAAAUAAAUAAAUUUUAAAAACCCACAACCGACACCACCAAGCAUAAGCUGAGACACAAAAAAAGAAAGAACUAGUUCCACUUGGCCUCUUCUUCCUAACAAACACAGACGGAUGCCCAGGAGACCCUCUCUCGGAUUUCCUGCAUGUACAGACAACUGCCAGGCCUUUGGAAGGUCCAAAAGGAGAAGUGUGGUGCCCUCUGCUGCCCAUUCUUUCCCCUUUCCCUUCUGCAUUCCAAUGAACGGAAGAGCCUCUGAAUGACGGUGACGUCCAGUUCCAAAUCAUUCUUGACAGCCCUCCAUCCACCUGAUAGCACCAAGUCUCCUUAGUGUAAUUACAAAACAAUAAUAACAGUAAUAAAUAAUAAUAAUAAUAAUGAAACCAUACCAUGAUGACCUUGUCUAGACCGAAGACGUCUAGCUAGACGGCAGGUUGUUUGCCCUAAAGGCUGUACGGUACAUACUUGCCUUAACCCAUCUAAGUUGUACGCCAGAGAGAACUCACUCAGUGUAGAUACUCUCUGAAGUCACCUCCUUCAGGCUGCUGUUAGUGCUGGGGAGAGGGAGGGAGAGGGGGAGAAGAAACCCAGUUUUAAGUCAGCGCGUUUCAUGUCAGGGAACAAGACUGCCUAGUUCAGCCGCUCCAGAGCUUCUGUGGGAUAAACUGCCAGCUGUCAGUGAAGUGCUUUACUCUUGAGCCGACACAGUGGCCAAAAAAAAAAAUAAUAAUAAUGAUAACAAUAAUAAUCUUGAUGAUAAUCUUUAUAAUACUCCAUAAGGUCUUGGGGAGGGGGACAUAGGGGAUGGGGUGAUGGGAGACACAAAGCAAAACUCAUUAAACGACUAACCUUCCCCGCAACAGCUUCGUUAACCCCAUGCUUUUUAUUUAGUGCACUCUAGGUGCUUUUAUAAGUAACUUCCAAUAUGUCUUUUACUAACUCCACAAACAUCUGCAGAUUUCGUAUCAACAGAGGCCAACAGAAUAGGUAUUAGCUAUGUUUACUCUUUUAUAUCCAAUUCAAAUGGAAGAUCUGAUGUAAAGUGAAUCUUUUUUUUCUAACUUCCGCAUAUGAGAUUAUUUUUUGUGGGUGGGGGGUCGGGAGGGGAAAUAGUUACCUUGGUGAAAUAUUUGAGAUCUCUUUGUGGUAUUUGGGGGAUCCGUUGUGUGUUAGAGUGUGUAUUUUAAUCUUCCUGUAUUAUUGUGGCUGAAAAAAAAAACUGUGCUGUUAUGUAGUUGGCAACAAGAUGCCUUUGGGAACUUAAUAGUAGGUCAAUGUGUUUAUGGAAUACUCUAAACUCCUAGGAAAUUUUGUUUUGUUUUGAAUCUGUAUUUUCAGGCACUAUGUGGCUUUCAUUAGCGGUAAACAUAUUUCGUUAGGGCUUUUCAGGAACUUGGAUUGGCCUUGUUUCUUUUCUUGGAACCACCUUGGAUCACUUCAGAAGAAGGGUAAAUAAUAAUAAUAAUAAUAAUGCCCUCCUGCCGCCAUUAAGGGGCAAGUGAAUUCCAGGGCUUAGAACAGCUUAGGGUGACACAGAACAACCCUUUUCCUAGUUCUCUCUCCUUGGCAGAAGUUCUAAGAUGAUCUAUGUGGAACCUGAGCCUGCCCAUUACUACAGAAACAAGUCCUGUUUACUGUGUUUGCAUGGAUAUCUGUAUCUCACACAAAAUAUAUAUAUCUAUAUAUAUUUAUUUUAAAAAUUGUCUAGAAAACAGAGGAACAAAAGUUCUCCAUUGAAAAGUAAGCGACAAGACAGGUUCCAGGAAUUCUACUUGCAUUUUUUUCUAGUGGCUUAUACACGUGUGUCUAUAUAUACAUGUAUAAAACGUAAGAUCUCAAAUUUCUCAGUGAAACCUCAUCUCAUUCACAUAUUUUCUGCUUGUUUGGAUGAUAUCUUGGGGGGGUGGGGGAGAACAUUGACCGUGGGCUGGUCUUUUGGCAUCCAAACAUAAAGGCUACAUGAAGGGAAAGAUCAGAAUGUCAGCAUUUGUAUGAGAUUUUCCCUAGAUAUGCUUGUCACAAUGAGGUUUCACUGUGGCAUACAUGUGUAUGUAUGUAUGGGUAUUGGGGCAUAUGCCCACCCAGCACAUAAUAGGCCCUCAUAGUCCUACUUUAAGUUGCAGCCAAGUCACCAUCACCUCCUUCACACAUUAAAACAAGAAAUGAUGUUGACUACUAAUGUUCAGUGGACAGAACUGUCACGGGAGCAACUCGGAGCACAGUAAUGUGACUAUAUCUGGAAUAACAUCCAAGUUAGACAGCAGCUGUAUCCUCCUCAAAAUCCAGGAAAGAAUGCUAUUUUUCUAGGCUGGGCUUUUGUUAUAAAACCUAAUAUUCAGAGGGCAAGAGUUAUGAUCCUGAUGUGUCUUUUUCUUUCUUUUUCCUUGGCAUUUGUUAAUUCUGAAUGUAUUUUUAACAGAAGUGAUUUUUUUGACUUAUUAGUGUAAUUUGCAUUUUAAAAAUAAAUGAAAAAAAAAAGAAA